GACGCGGGCGCUGUGACUCGGAGCCCCGGAAGAGCGGAGAAACCCCGUAUAAAAACUACUGGGGACCUUUGCCGGGCAGAACUACGAAAGCUCCGGAGACGGCGGCAGCCUGCGGCGGCAGCCAGCGGGGCGGCGGGCGGCACGGGGCGGCCUCUGCCCCGGCGGGGGGCGCGGAAAGCGGCGCAGGCGGCGGCUGUGCAGGCACGGAGGGAGAGGGGCUCCGGGAGGGCAGCGAGGAGCCGCAGCGGUGCCAUCCAGCCCGGAGAGGCGGCGGCCGCGCACCAUGGCAGACGAUGAGCAGGCCGGCGGCAGCCCCGGCGGGAGUUACGCGGGCGGCUGCGAGAGCGCGCACUGCAACGUGCUGAGCUGGGAGCAAGUGCAGCGGCUGGACCGUAUCCUCAGCGAGACCAUCCCCAUCCACGGCCGCGGCAACUUCCCCACGUUGGCCAUGCAGCCCCGCCAGAUCGUCAAGGUAGUGCGGAGCCGUCUGGAGGAGAAGGGCAUCGGCUUGCGGGACGUGCGGCUCAACGGCUCGGCCGCCAGUCACGUCCUCCACCAGGAUAGCGGCCUGGGCUACAAGGACUUGGACCUCAUCUUCUGCGCCGACCUGAAAGGGGAAGCCGAGUUUCAGACUGUGAAGGACGUGGUCUUGGACUGCCUCUUGGAUUUCUUACCCGAGGGGGUGAACAAGGAGAAGAUAACGCCGCUCACCCUCAAGGAGGCUUAUGUGCAGAAAAUGGUCAAAGUAUGCAAUGAUUCAGACCGGUGGAGUCUCAUCUCCCUGUCCAACAACAGCGGCAAGAAUGUGGAGCUGAAAUUUGUGGACUCUCUGAGGCGGCAGUUUGAAUUCAGCGUCGAUUCCUUUCAGAUCAAGCUGGACUCCCUGCUGCUUUUUUACGAGUGCUCAGAGAACCCGAUGACUGAAACUUUUCACCCAACUAUCAUUGGCGAGAGUGUCUAUGGGGAUUUCCAGGAGGCCUUUGAUCACCUCUGCAACAAGAUAAUUGCCACCAGAAACCCGGAAGAAAUCAGAGGAGGUGGUCUUCUGAAGUACUGCAACCUUUUGGUAAGGGGCUUUAGGGCUGCCUCGGAAGCUGAGAUUAAGUCCCUGCAGAGAUACAUGUGUUCCAGGUUUUUCAUUGACUUCUCAGACAUUGGAGAACAGCAGAGAAAGCUGGAGUCCUACUUGCAGAACCACUUUGUGGGACUGGAAGACCGCAAGUACGACUAUCUCAUGACCCUUCACGGUGUGGUGAACGAGAGCACGGUGUGCCUGAUGGGACACGAGAGGAGACAGACUCUGAAUCUGAUCACCAUGCUGGCCAUCCGGGUCCUAGCCGAGCAGAACAUCAUCCCCAACGUGGCCAACGUCACCUGCUAUUACCAGCCGGCCCCGUACGUAGCAGAUGCCAACUUCAGCAAUUACUAUAUUGCCCAGGUUCAGACGGUGUUCCCUUGCCAGCAGCACACGUACUCCACUUGGCUGCCCUGUAACUAAGGACUUGAAAUCAGCAGACCCCGGUGGGGAAGCCCCGUUUGGUGAGGCGCAGGAAGGGGCCGUGUGCCCCCUUCGCCGUGGGGGUGGUUUUGUGCAAUGAUGAUCUGCUCUAGGGCUCGAGCUUGAGAAAAGCUUAGCGCGGGUCUCCUCCGUGAACCACGGGAGCACGAUCGAGAGAGAGCCCCCCAGAAUAAUUGGAUCCUACCCCAGAGAGCACAAGAGGCCUGUCAUUAAAAGCAACCAGCUUCCCCUGCAAAGAAAUGAGGGAGGAUGCUUGAUGACAAUAUGGGUUGGCAAUGUCAGCUCCCAUAGCUUUGGCAUAGAGAAGGUGGGAAAGCCUUAUUUUCUUUCUUGGGUGUUCUUAUUUUUUACUCUUACUCUAGAAUGGGAUCUGCAAAAAAAAAAAAAAAAAAGGG